UUAGACUCAGUUUUAACAGUUUACCCCACUGGCACCAGAGUCCUAAAAUAAUCAUUAAUUAAAUAGAUGAAAUUAUACCCACAAAGAAAAUCAAAGCAGAGAAGGCGCUGAAUUUGUUUGGGUCUCAGAAUGUAAGAAAGGAUACUGGUCUGAAAUUAAUUGGAAUGGAAGUUUGUAAAACUGAAGCAGAAUAAUUUUUGGAUGGAUAUCAAGUGUUAUGAGCCUGAGGUUGUUUCUUCAAUCAUUUUCUGUAAAGUUCACCAAAAAGUUCACCAAAAACUUGGUUAGAUUGACAGAAAAUUAUCCUACAUAUAUGAUAAAGACUAACAGCUUCAUUGAAAGUAUAAAAAUGGAACCACUGAGGAAGAAACAGAAGCUUGUCCUUGAGGAAUGUGAAUUAUUAAUCUCAAUAAACAAGAAAGGGGAGUGCAGUUUUGAUGUUAUGUCAAAAGUUGAAACAGUUUGUAAAGGUCGUAAAUUAGAUCAUUUUGCGUGCAGUGAAAGUGGAGAUGGCAGCAUUGAAACUGCAGGUUUAGUUGAUGAUAAAGUUAAUGAUGAUAAAAAUGUUGAUGAUAAAAAAGUUAAUGAUGAUAUGGUUGUUGAUGAUAAAGUUGUUGAAGAUAAAAAUUUGAAUGAUGAUAAAAAUGUUGGUGAUAAAGUUGAUGAUGAUAAAGUUGAUGAUGAUGAAGUUGAUGAUAAUAAAUCAAUGUCUGCGACAAAUGAUGACAGUGUAGAUCAAGAUAAGGAUAACAGCGAUGGAGAUAAUGGAAUCCCUCCAACAUCAAAAUAUGUCUCUCUUGAUUGUGAAUUUGUUGGAAUUAUGGGAGACAUUAGUGCCUUAGGUCGCUGUAGUAUUAUAGACUAUGAUGAGAAUGUGAUCUGUGAUAUAUACGCCUGGCCUGAACAGAAAAUCACCACCUACCGAACAAGAUACAGUGGUAUUACCAAGAAAGAUAUGAAACGAGCAAUACCACUAGAAAGUGCAUUGUCCCAGAUUUCUAAUAUCAUCAAGGACAAGAUUGUAGUUGGUCAUGGUAUACACAAUGAUUUCCGUGUUCUUGGAUUUGGUCACCCUCAUCACAUGACUAGAGACACACAGAAAUGUAAACUACUCAUUGACAAAGUAAAGCAAGAAAAAGGUGGAGCAGUUUCAUUGAAAAAUAUGGCUAAAAAAUUGCUAGAUAAAGAAAUUCAGAAAAAUACACAUUGUUCUGUGAUAGAUGCUACUGUCACCAUGCAGCUCUUUAAACUUGUAAGAGUGGAAUGGGAAACCAAGCUGCUGAAAGAUCAGGAAAAGAAAUCUAAGCUUCCAGAUGAUCAUGAUCAGCCUCCUGGUCACAUGGAAGUUUCUAUGACAACCGAACAGGGAAAGGAGGUACAGGAUGGUACUGAAAUAAAUGGCGGAAUUAAAAAGUACCAGAAGAGGAAAAGAAAAGGGAAAAGUUCUAGAAAUCAUUUUGGGCAAAUUCUUGCUGGUAGUAAAAAUAUAAAUGAUUAUUUUAAAGAUGAUAUUAACAUAAUGCAGAAUGGUCAUAAAAAGAUUUCAGAAUUUUUGAAAAAAAGAUUUUUAGAAUCAGGACCUAAAGCAAACACUUUGGAUAAAUCGGAUGAGAGUGCUUCCCUGGGGAAUGAUGUUGUUGAAAAUGGUAAUAUACAUACACUUAGAGAUGGGAAAAAGUACGAAACUUUAAAUGUAUGUACAGCAAAUUUGGCUGAGCCAGCAGUGUUAAGAAAAAGAAAGUGUGAGGUUCAGACUUCAAAAGAAUUAAAUACGAGAAAAAGAGAUUGUGGGUUCAAAACUGUAGACAAAGUAAAUUUAAAGACCAUGUAUGACAAGAAUAUAAAACAAUUGUUUCAUGAUGACUUUUGGAAUGAUAUGAAUUCAUCAGCUGAUACUGAUAAGAGUUGUGAUGUAGCUUUAAACUGAAAUAUCCUCUUAAACUCAAGUAAUAAUAUAUUAAAAAUUGAUGACAGGGCCUUCAUCUAAUUUUGGGGGAA